ACCGUACAAUAUAUAUUUUUUCCGUGCAGGUGGACAUCGAGAUCAACGGAGAGCCUGUAAGUUUGCACAUGAAGUUGGGAGAAAAUGGAGAAGCCUUUUUUGUUAAAGAAGCUGAGAACACACUGGAAGUUGUUCCAGCCUACCUGGCAACGUCUCCCAUCAUGUCGACAGGCGAGGAGCUGAUGAACUCCCAGUUGAGCAGGAGCAGCACACGUCACCGCGACAACGCGAUGUGCAGCUCGCAUCCUGUCCAGAGCAUCGGGCCGCAGCAGGGCGAAGGAGGCAUGAAUAAAAAGAGGAGGAAGAGAAGGAGGAAGGCUCGGCCAGAUGGUGGAGGAGCGAGGCGGGACGAAAGCGGAGAGGAGUUUUCAGAUGAUGAUAACAUGUUCACCAUUGACCUGAGCUCUGAUGAGGAGCGAGGAGAUGGUGGAAGAACUCUACACAGUGAUCAAGGCUCGGCAGCCAACACGCACCCCAGUACGGACUGGACGCGUCCACAGAGUCAUGUGAUAAAGGAGACUCUGUCCAUCCCUCCGUCCUGCGGUCUGUCCAUCUCUUGUCCGCAGCAGACCCCUCAGUUUUCCUCCCAAUUUAGCAACCUAGAUGACUCUCGGUCUCCCACGCCCAAGAGCGACUCUGAGCUUGCCAGUCGAGCUAAAGACAACCCAGAGAUGCUGUGGACCUGGGGGGAGCUGCCACAAGCCGCUCAGCCAUCCUUCCUGACUUCCCAUCAGAAGCAGGAAUGUGCCACAUCAGUCUCCAUUCCUGUGUCCUCCAGCACUCACUUCAGAAGCAUCAGUGAUGGCGGACCCCACUCCCGACCUCACUAUACCUCCCAGCAAGGCGAGAUGCAUGGUGACAGUAGAGCCAAGCACCCUGACUGUGGGAAUGAGGAAAGGAUAGCUGAAGAGCAUGAAAGCACGGUGGACAGUGUGGGUGCGUCAUGUGCAGAGCUGGAGAGUUUAACGGCAUGUUCGGUGGCUCCGAGCUUCCUCCCUCAUCUGGAGGAAGGUGGGAACAGAGGAAGCCCAAUCAGAAGAACGGAUUCACCUUCCAAGAGGAAAGAGAAAAGAAGCCAGCACCUUGGUGCUGAUGGGGUAUACUUGGAUGAUCUUACUGAGCUGGAGCCGGAAGUAGCUGCUUUGUAUUUCCCUAAAAGCGAUGGAGGCGGCAGCUCGAUGAAGGUGGACUCAGAGGCGAUGAUGACUGGCGUCCGCAGUGCAAAUCAGUCCCCGCAGUCAGUAGGCAGCUGCGGGAUGGACAGUGGUGUGGACAGUCUGCUGGACCACUUGGGAGACCUUCCUCACGUAGCCAUCUCGCUCUGCGGCGGACUGUCUGACAACAAAGAGAUCACACGAGAGCAAUUCCAGGAGAGGGCAGUUUCCUACCAACAGUUUUCGGAAAACCCUUCCCUUAUCGAUGAUCCCAACCUGGUGGUGAAGAUUGGUAACAAGUACUACAACUGGAGUACGGCGGCUCCGGUCAUGUUGGCCAUGCAGGUCUACCAGAAGCCAUUGCCACAGUUUUGGUGUUUGAGUUAUUUUUUUUCUGCUUUCGGCCUCUUCUCGUACUGCCUUCCUGGUCUGUUUGGCCCCAGACCUGCUGAGCCCGCCUCCGUGGAGAACAUCAUGAAGGACAAGAUGCCCAAGAAGGGAGGGCGUUGGUGGUUCUCCUGGAGGAGCAGAAAUAGUGACUCCAAAUCGGAGUCAGCGACAGAGGCUGCAGAAGACCGAGACGAGAGUUCCACCAUCACGGCAGCAGCUGUUAGAAUGAAAGAUGAGUCGUCUUCCAGUGACGAUGACCGCAGACCCACUUUGGUGUCUGGAACCUGCCAGACUGACGCCCACCUUGCUUCUGGUAACGUUUGUUACAAGAAGACUCUUCGGCUCACUUCAGAUCAGCUGGUGAACUUGCAGCUGAAAGAGGGUCCAAACGAAGUGGUUUUCAGCGUGACCACACAGUAUCAGGGCACGUGUCGUUGCCAUGGCACCAUUUACCUUUGGAACUGGGAUGACAAGCUGGUGAUCUCCGACAUCGACGGGACCAUCACCAGGUCAGACACACUGGGCCACAUCCUCCCCACGCUGGGAAAAGACUGGACCCACCAGGGCAUCGCGAGACUCUAUCACAAAGUCAGCCAAAAUGGAUAUAAAUUCAUGUACUGCUCGGCGAGGGCCAUCGGUAUGGCCGACAUGACCCGAGGUUACCUGCACUGGGUCAACGAGAGGGGAACUAUGCUGCCGAUGGGCCCGGUGAUGCUCAGCCCCAGCAGCCUGUUUUCUGCGUUGCACAGGGAAGUGAUUGAGAAAAAACCUGAGAAGUUCAAGAUCGAAUGCCUCACUGACAUUAAGCACCUUUUCUACCCCAAUACUGAACCCUUCUACGCUGCUUUCGGCAACAGAGCUACAGAUGUGUAUUCCUACAAGGAGGUGGGCGUUCCUCUCAACAGGAUCUUCACUGUCAAUCCAAAGGGGGAAGUAAUACAGGAACAUGCCAAAACCAACAUCUCCUCUUACGGGCGCCUGUGCGAGAUGGUCGACCACGUCUUUCCCGUCCUCCUGCAAAAACAAGGGACCGACUUUGCCUGUUCUGAAACUUUGAAUGAGUGUGAUUAUUGGAGCAAGCGACAACCUGAUGAAUGCAACCAGGACAAGGAAGAAGAAGGCUCACAGAUUCUGGAGAGCAGCUGAGUACACUGAAAUAUUUCAUUCACGAGUGAGGAUGAGACUGAAACCAAAUUGAUGUCGAAUGUGAUUUAACACUGUGCCGUUAUUCAACAACCAUCCAAUAAGCUCACUGUUAGGCAUCUGUAAAAAUAGGAAGCUGUUAAGUAGAAGAAAACCUCAUAACUUCAGGAUACCUCAAAAUUAGCACAAUACGAACAAAUAAUGGAGACUGACAGCAUGUUGUACAAAGACACGUUUACUGACUCACCAACACAAAAAGCACAGCUAGCAGUUAACUACUCCGCCGACAUACCUUACAUAUCAAUUGAAUGACUAGUUUAGCCCAUAUACAGAUCAUUAAUAUUUGUAUCGUAGUCUUAAUAUUUUAACAACAGUACCUUAUUUUAAAGUCCCUGUAAAGUGACAAUAAAUGUCUCCUAAAUUCGACACAUCACAGAGAACAGUGUUGUUAAUAACCCUGCCAAAUUUGAAUGAAUUUCUAAAAACGGCAAGUAUAUAAAAUAAGGCUUUAUAGUCGCGUAAAAUCAAGCAUUUGUCACAGCUCUCAAACACUGUGGGCAUGUCCGAUGAAUGCAUUGAAAACAGGUCCCAUUCAACUGUUAGAUGUCAAACCAGAACCCCUAUCACACAUGCAUGCACAUAAAUUUAUGUUUGAGAAUAUACAUUAAAGCCUGUGGCGGCUGGAACACAUCCUACUGGGUAGUCGCAUCAACGAGGCACUCUAAUGCGGUCACGCCAGCACAAAGCUGGCUGUCAAAUCUGACCUCCCCACCCCACCCUCGCCUCGCUGAACCCCUUCGCUCCAUAAAGUGCGCACACUCACGGCUUACAAGGAGGCACGCUACAGCGACUACGACAGCGGGCUAACCGAAGGAAAGAUGCAUUUUCAGGGUGUCGGUAUAACCAGAUAGACAACUGCACAUUGCAAUUGCACCAAAUAACCAUUGAUGCAAACAAAGGCACUCACAUUUUUAAAUAGUGAGGGCGUUUUCGGUGAUUAUCUUCAAAUGUGCAAACAUUGAAAUCUUUUAAUUCACUUUACAGGGUCUUUAACUACACGAUAGGACAAAACACAAGAUACACCUCUCAAUAUAACCAUAGGAAUAAAGAUACUAUUAGAAGAAUCUCUGACAUGUCCGUGAAAACAGAGAGCAUUAUUAGUGUCUCAUGAGAGCGUCCCAGAUGACGUGUCACACCUCAAACUAAAACACCGAGGUCACCUCUGACAUGUCCCCUCGGUUCACUGAUGCAGUCCGAUAAACACGUUUGGUCACGUGACCACACUACUGUGAAAUUCUGAUAGGUACAUACACGCAGGACAAUGCAAUUGGUGACAUGGAGUAAUCUUGUGCACUUGUGUACACGAUAUGUUCCUGUCAUUAUUACUAUCAAUGCAACUUCUUAUGGCAGGACUCAUUCACUGCUAUGUGAAUUUUAUUUUCUUUUUAAUUAUUUGUUGCAUUGCAUAUAUUGAGAUGCAUUUAUGUUCACUCACACCUCCUGGGAAAGCCACUGUCUAUAGGAAAAAAAACGUUCUAUACAAAUGAUCUUGCUAAUGGUCGGUGCUCACUAAAGCAAUAGAAUUACAGUAAAAGUCUUUGGGAGGCCGUUGUUUUAAGUCAUAAUUUAUAUGCAACAAAUUCCCACUCAGAAUGCAAAUUGAAUGUUUCUGAAUCAUUUAUGGUCAUGUGUUUUUAGUCAUUUACCACAAUUAUGUUCACAAAAUUGACUUUUUACAACUACUGAUCAAAAACUGUACUCGUGUAGUGUGCGCGUGUGUGCGCGCGCUUGUGUGUGUGUGUGUGCCUAUAUGUGCCAUUCUUAUUGUAACAUUGUUAAGCAUCACCGUAUUAUAGCAGCAUCACUCACUGGUCUUCUCAUUUCUCUUAAUAAGUGCAUUGUUUUUCCUCAUCACUAGCUUUGUUUUGUGUGUGUGUGCGUGUGCGUGUGCGUGUGCGCGUGUGCGUGUGCGUGCGUGCGUGUGCGUGUGUGUUUAUUAUGGAGUAAUAUUUAUAACACAUCCAAUGCAAUCCACCUCUCAAGAUUUUUAGUGAGCAUUUUUAUGAUCGUUGAAUUCUUUCUGUGAAAGAUCUAAUAAAAUUGUUGACAA